AUGCCACGCGCGGCAAGGUCGACGUUGACCGACCAUCGAUUUCCAGCCUUCUAUGCGUGCUAUCUUCUCAAGAGUGUGCGAACUCCCAAGGCAACUGCCACCUACAUAGGCAGCACACCGAGUCCUCCUCGUCGCAUUCGACAGCAUAAUGGCGAGAUCUCUCAAGGCGCAUGGAAGACCAAGAACAGUCGGCCGUGGGUCAUGCAGAUGAUCGUCCAUGGCUUCCCUUCCAAGCUCGCUGCCCUACAGUUCGAAUGGGCAUGGCAACAUCCUUACAUAUCACGUCACCUGCGUGAUAAUGGCGGGAAAGCCAUGUUCAACAGCAGCGGACGAUUCAAGUACCUCAACACCAACGUGAAGGUCGCACGCAGCAUGGUCUCGUCUCAUCCGUACAAUACAUGGCCGCUGAGCGUGAAAAUCUUCACCGAGGAGGCGGCGAAAGUUUGGAGUACAUCCGCGAAGGAUGCUUCGAUACCCCCGCUACCUGAAGGCCUGACGGUUUCUCUGGAGUAUGAAGGGGUCGACGGAAAAUCAGGAAAACCUGGCGCCGGCCGUACCGGUCCUAUCGACGUCGUGGACACUACUUUUACGACGGAACACCUGCAGAAAGGCGCCUCAAUAUUCGCCCCCCGCUCCCGCCUGCAGUGUUCCAUCUGCCACGAGGAGAUCCAGCAGGAUGCUGUAGGUGAUCCGCUGGAUACCGCGCUAUGUCCAACCGGCGGCUGUAAAUCUGUGGCACAUCUCGCCUGCCUCUCACGCGAUUUUCUGACUAGCGCACCAUCCACAUCCUCGGACAUAAUUCCUCGCGGAGGCACAUGCAAAUCGUGCCACUCGUACGUCCUAUGGGGCGAUGUGAUUCGCGGCUGCUAUCGACGGCAUCAAGGCGGCGCAACACCAGAGAACGAGCCAGAAGAGCCAGACGAUCAGGAAGACGGCCUCGCGCAGCUGCUCGGCGAAGCAGCGGAGGAGCUAGAGGGGCCAUCCCAGCCCAAGCCACGGAAGCCCGCUGCACUGCCCUCACGCUCGCCGACGAAACGGGGAAGAGGACGUCCUCCGAAACCCAAGCCCGCCUCGUUUUCGACCGUGGCAUCGAGCGACGGCGAGCGGGAGCACUUCGAUCUGAACGCGAUCAGCAGCUGCAGCGAAGAGGACUCCGACGACGGCCUUCCCUGGACACGCAGACGUCCACAUCCACACUCGAAGCCGCCCUCGCGCCCUACCGCGUCCGGGUCCCACCUGCCUGCAGAGCCUCCGCGGGGCACCCAAGCGAUAGCCGGGUCGACGCCAUCCACCUCACGCGGGACCGGGACUCUCGGCGGUGGCCAAGGCCGCGGCGCACGCCAGAUCUCCCACAGCGAGGGUUCCCGUGCGACGGGCGCGGCUGCCAUCGAAGAUCGCGGAGCGCGUUCGAUCACGGCGCCUCGAAGCGCGGGCACGGGGCGUACAGACUCAAGGUUCGUUCUCAUGUCAGCGCUGUGCUUCUGUUCUGCCAUCUCAGGGAUUUGCUCGCGAUGA